AUGUCGACUCAGAGGCUGACCUUCCUCUACCCCACGCUGUUCCUCCGUUCGGCGCCCUCGACCGCAGGAGGAGCUCGCAGGAGCGCCAGCCGCUGUCACAGGGCCCGGCCGAGGAGGUGCCCCUCCUCUUCCUCCUCCCCUCUUCCCCUCCUCCGGCCGCCGGGGGGUCCUCACCAGCAUGCGGCCUUUGGCACCUCGAGCACCACCAACAAGGGCAGCUUUGGCCCGCGCGUGGGCAAGGGCAUAGAACCCAAACCCCUGGGCGACGACGGCAGCGUCAUCCCGCUGCCUCCUCCAGACGCGAGGGACAGCACGGCCGAGCAGCGCAAGAACGCCGCCAAGGCCCUCGACCCGGCCGCCGACGCCCUCAAAGAGACCCUCAGCUCGCCAGGCGUGUCCUCGUCCGAGAGGAGGAACAAGAACAAGGAAGAGCAGGAGACCAACAAGGGCGACCAGGCCACAGCAGCUGGGGCCGGCCAGGACGACGGCGGCGGCGCGCCCAAGAAGAAGCGCGCCACGGGGCCCAUGGACGCCGUUCUGCACAUGCCCCCGCCCGACUCCGUGCCCGCGGAGGAGAAGCCGCCGCACCUGACGCCGGCGCCCUACGUGCACCACUUUGACAGCUACUCGCUGGUGAAACAGCUCGAGCAGAACGGGUACACACAGGUGCAGGCCAUCACCGCCAUGAAGGCCGUGCGCGCCCUGCUCGCCCAGAACCUGGACGUCGCACAGGGCGGCCUCAUCUCCAAGAGCGACGUCGAGAACGAGACGUACCUGUUCCGCGCCGCGUGCGCCGAGCUGUCCACCGAGGUGAAGAACAACAGGCGCAUCGCCGACGAGGCGCUCAGGCAGCAGAGGACCGUCCUGCAGCACGAGGUCGACAACACCACCCAGGUCAUGAACCAGGAGCUGCUCACGCUCAACGAUAAUGUCAGGGGCAUGUUCAAUGAUCGCAAGAUGGCCGUGAGGGAGGAGCAGAAGAAGGCUGAGGGUGCUAUCCAACAAAUAGCCUACAAGAUCAGCGUCACGUUGAACAGCGACUCCAAAUCCGAGAUCGAGGCCGUCCGGUGGGUGGUGACACGCCGCGCAGUGGCCGGUAUCAUCUUCAUGGUGAUCUUCUCCCUCGGCGUCCUGCGGUACAGCAGCUACAUCUCACAUGAGAACCAGAAGGAGGCACAGAAGGAGAAGGAGGAGAUCGAAGUUGUCAGGAAGAGCGGGGGCAAGAUAGAUAGAGCCCUCGGCCCCGACGCCGCGGAGAUUCUGGCAGCAAACUAG